AUGGCAACAGGUUUCGGAUGUGUAGUAGUAGGUCCAGCUGGAAGUGGAAAGGUCAUGCAAGAGGCAGGUGAAACUCACAAAAGAAUAUAUAAGGUCUGCAAUCUUGAUCCUGCUGCAGAGAUCUUUAAGUAUAAAUGUGAUAUAGAUAUUAGAGACUUGAUAUCACUUGACGAUGUGCAGGAAGAAAUGAAUUAUGGUCCUAAUGGGGGUUUGAUCUAUUGCAUGGAAUAUUUGAUUGAAAACAUUGAUUGGCUUAUGGAGGAAUUACAGGAAUUCGCAGAAGAUGCCUUUGUAUUAUUCGACUGCCCAGGCUAAAUAGAACUCUACUCUCAUUUGGACAUCAUGCCCAGACUUGUUAGAGAAAUUCAAAAAUCUGGAUUUCUCCUAUGUGCCACUUACUGUGCUGAUGGUACCUUUAUCAAUGAACCCACUAAGUAUAUCUCUGCUUGCUUCACUUCUCUCUCAACAAUGACAUAGCUUAGUAUUCCUCAUAUAAACAUUCUGACUAAAUGUGAUAAGAUACCAGACUAAGAUUAGAUAGAAAGAGUGACCUAGAUGAGUGCAGUCGAUGUUUUAAAUAGCAUGAACUCUUCUUUUCCUCCAAAGUAUUAUGAACUCAACCAAAGAAUAGUUGAAGUGAUAGAUAACUUUAACAUGGUCCAGUUUGUACCACUGAAUAUUCAGGAUGAGGAAUCAAUUGAUACCAUUAUCCAAUAAAUUGACUCAGUAGUAUAAUACGAUGAAUUUAGAUUACCCAAGGAGAGUUUACUUCCACCAGAGGAUGAGGCCGACAGAGAUGAUUAAAUGUAUGGAAACGAAGCAGGGGAAAAUGAUAUGGAUUACUGA